UGCGUGCGUCAGCAGAAUGAAGAAGAGAUCAGUGGUGUUCGUCCUUAUCGACGGUCUGGCCGAUGUGUCGCUGCUAGAGCUAGAUCAGAAGACGCCACUAAAGGCGGCACAUACUCCUGCCAUGGAUGCUAUCGCCCAUGGAGGUCUAACAGGCCUCAUGGACCCCGUGGAGCCUGGUUACGCUUGUGGAAGCGACACAGCCCACAUGUCCAUCCUAGGUUACAAUCCCAUCGUUCACUACCGUGGACGUGGAUCCUUUGAAGCGAUGGGCGCUGGACUGCCGAUGAGCAAGGGUGACGUCGCGUUCAAGUGUAAUUUCGCCACUGUGGAGGAGAAUGAAGACGGUCAAUUGAUCGUUGAAAGGCGACGUGUGGACCGCAACUUCCCCGCUUGGGGGAUUGAUCUCUGCAGCUUCUUGAACGGUCUGACCCUCCCCGAGUUCCCAGGCCUUGUAGUGGCUACAAAAUACGCCACGGAACACCGUUGCGGAAUUGUUUUUAAAGGGCCCGGACUAAGUGACAAAAUAGCGGGCACCGACCCGCUGAAGGACCACUUGCCUCUGGUCAAGUCAGAGCCACUGAACGACACGCCGGAGGCUGCUUACUCGAGCAAGGUGCUGAACGCAGUAUCCAAUGCCAUUCACGAACGACUGGCGAAUCACCCGAUCAAUAAGACUCGUGAGGCAGAGGGCAAGCCACCUGCAAAUGUGGUUCUUCUCCGUGGCCCUGGUGAACGAAUUGAUGUCCCAACGUUCACUGAGAUGCAUGGGUUGACUCCUUUCAUGAUCGCCCCGACUUGCAUCAUCGCUGGUCUGGGCAUGUCGUUGGGCUUUGAGAUCGUGUCUGCUCCUGGUGCCACAGGAGACUACCACACAAAUCUGCGUUCAAAGGCUGAUACGGCGCUGGAAGUGUUGCUAGAUGGCGAGUUCGACUUUGGCUUUGUUCACGUCAAGGCAGUGGACGAUGCCGGUCACGACCGCGACGUAGCGAAGAAAGUGCACUUUACUGAACGCGCAGACGAGAUGAUCUCUCUGCUGUUGGAAGGUAUUCACGCUGACUGUGGCGAGGAGGCCAACGAGGUGACCAUCGUCGUCACUGGAGACCACACGACACCUGUCAAGUAUGGAGAUCACACGUUUGAGCCAGUGCCGUUCGCUAUUGCACGUGCUGGUGUUGCGUACGAGAGGUUGCAGCACUUUAAAACUGCUGGUAAGCAGGAAAAUGCUUCCACUGGUCCAUUGACGGACGAGGUGACGCAAUUCUCUGAACUGGCUGUGGCACGCGGUGCACUUGGUCGUUUUGCUGGUGACCAGGUGAUGAAGCUCGUCAAGGGGUUCCGUGAAUACGAAAUAUAG